CUCGCGCUGGUGGUGGCGGUGCUGGCGACCGGUGCCGCGGCGGCCAGCGCCGUGCCGGCCCACGAGCGCUGCCUGGCCGGCCGACUGGCAGUCUACCGGCUGGUGCUGCACACGCACUGGACGCGGGCGCGCUUCCCCAGGCACUACCCCGAGUGGCGCCCUCCCGCGCAGUUCUCACCCCUCGUCGGUCGCACGCACAGCCGCGACUUCCGGCUGUUCCGCGAAGGCGAGCUGGCCAGCGCCGGCCUGCAGGUGUUCGCCGAGACGGGCCGCUGGGACGGCCUGCCCGCGGGCAGCGGCGUGCUGGACGCCUUCGACGCGCCGGCCGUGGCCAGCGGUCAGGGCGACACCUCAGCCUCCUGCUUCGUCGACGGCAACCACACUUUGCUGUCCGUGGUGGUUCGCCUCAUUCCGUCACCAGACUGGUUUGUUGGACUGGACAGCCUUCCACUCUGCAAGCAUGGCAAAUGGAUUGACUCGCUCUCAAUAGACCUGCCGCUGCUGGACGCCGGCACGGACGACGGGAUGACGUUCACGGCGCCCAACUGGCCCAGCGACCCGGCCCACCCCGUGUCUCGCAUCACGUCCCGGGAGCCGUCGCACCCCGGCGCCUCCUUCCACUACCCUCACCUCGACCAGCUGCCCGCCAUCGCAACACUGCAUCUCCGUAGGGAGCGGGUGUACAGGCAGAUGGGCUCGGCCGCCAGAAGGCGCCCCGUCGUGCAGCAGCAACAACCGCAGCCGCAGCAUCAGCCGCAAGCGCAGCCCGAAGAGGUGCCGAGCGUGACGCUGCCUCUCGGCCGUGACGUCAGCAACGAGGUGGUGUCCGCCGCCGUCGCCGUCCACACGCGGCGCUUCCGACGCCGCCGCCGCAGGCUGCACAAGGGCACCGCUGCCGGUGGGCAGCACGGCGUGAGGCGGCUGGCGGCAUCGCGCUGCGUGGUCGGCGAGUGGAGCGAGUGGUCCGACUGCAGCGCCUCUUGCGGAGCCGGCGAGUCGCGCAGGAGCCGCGCCGUGCUGAGGACGGGCGCUCGGCCGUGUCCGGCGCUGUCCGAGGCGCGGCCGUGCGCCGGCGUCGCCGCCUGCACGCGCCGCUUCUUCUCCUGGUGACCGGCCGCCCCCGCCGCCGCCCCCGCCCUCAAAUCUCCCACCGACCACUGCCAACGCUGGCGACACACCUCACUGUGGCCGACCGAUUUACUGCAAACGAGGCACAGGCUGGAGAACUGCAGUCAAGGCAGUCUCCUUACUCCAUCGACGAACUGUAAUGUGGCUGUUUACUACUACGUCAUCGCAAUGCACGUUUCACAGAAAUCAUUUAGAAUUUGAUUUCGCCACGUUCCUUUUUCGUUGUCAGGAUGAAAUUGAUGCGGAUAUCAAGCAUCGUGAAUAGAAAUAAGGAAGAUAACUGUAUAGCUAUUUAACUGCACUAAUUACAGACACACUGGAACCAGGCACAUUUUGCAUCACACCGUUUAUGGUCUUGGUCGAAAGCGAGCUGAAUAACACUUCACUUCAGUAACCGGGGUCACGUGGUACAAGAACGUGACACACACCUGUCGUACGUCGUGUCACAGCCCCAACGAACAAAUAUCACAAAAAGUAGUGAAAGGAUUUGUUCCUGUCCACCAUUUCUAGUUAUUUUUCUAAAUCGUUUUUACAAGAUACAAUCGAUGUUGAAAACGUAAUUGUCCUGUUCAUCGAAAGAAGUCGGUGAUUCUCGCGAUUAGAGGAGAUCUUUGCAUACACGUUUCCUGUCAAAAUUAUAAAUAAUUAUAAAAAAUUGCAAUGUUGAAUAGAUCACUAAGUGCGCUUAAUGUCUCCUUCGCUCUCUCUUCUUCUUCUUCUUCUUCUUCUUUUUCUCUCUCUCUCUUUCUCUCUCUCUCUCUCUCGUCACUGUCAUCAUCGCAGCCACUAAACUGGUUUUUCACACUAUCUCAGGUGGCCGCCAAUCACUUGACAAUGGUCUCUAAGUUUUUCCAGAAGUUGACAGGUUGGCGAAAUCAUGGCUUUUAAAUUUCAACAUUUCCAAACAUGUUACUAAAUUGCCGUGCCAGUACUUCAGACUUGUCAAAAGAAGAACGAAGCCAUGCGAGUGGCUGUCUACUUCCUGUGUUUUAUUUACCAGCGCUAAGACGAAAAUGUAUUUCGCCUCCUCCUGCGAAAGAACGUGGGAUAUAUUUCUUGCUAUAUAAGACUGGCUAAAAGCUUCUAGUUAAUAUUAGCUUAAGUGUUGUAUUGUGCAUUUCAUCACGUGCAGUUUUGAAUCAGUAUGAAGUUUUGUCGAAGAAAUCGGCAAUAUGUCACUCUGUAAUAUCUGAUGCGGGUCUAUGAACACGACAAAAUACUCUUGUUAAAAUGUAAACGGCUCCUUAUACAUGAAAUGAUAUCAACAAAACGAUAAAAGUUUUCGAAAUGCACAUGUAAAAAAAAAGCGAAGGUUUUUUCACACCCGGAGCUGGUUCCUGCAGUACUUUUGAGGGUGGUCGCGGGGUACAUACCAUGAAAUUACGUGACGCUUCCACGUAUGCUAUGGAUUCUUAGAAAUGUAC